UCCUCUCACUCUCUCAUACUCUCACUCUCUCAUCCUCUCAAUCUCUCACACUCUCACUCUCUCACUGAACGACCUGCCUGAAGCACAGCACUCUGAGCAGCAACAUGGCAUCUCGAGUUACAGCUCUUCUCUUCAUCGCAACAGUCUGCUUGGGCUAUGCAGCAGCAUUCUCAGAGGUACCCGUGGACUGCUGCCUGGCGACCACUAAGACCCGUUUCCCUCGCCACUUCAAGAUGUUCUCCUACCUGCUGCAGACCACAGACAAAGGCUGUGACAUCGAUGCCACUGUGUUUAUCACUAAGACAAGAGCGAGACUGUGCACGCCCCAUCCCACAGAGAGCAAGUGGGUGGCAGACUACAUCAAACGUCUGGAGCGAACCAUCUCCCUACGGAGAGCUGACACACCUCAGGAGUAAAUGAGCAGAGUAAGACCAGGAGAGGAGUGGAGGAGAACAGGAGUGGA